AUGGGCUGUCCAAGACCAUCCCGCCCAAGCUUGCGAACAACAAAAGUGGAACGAAAAGGGGCCGAGUUGUCAAUCGUGAUUGGGCAUGCGGGUACCGUUGCCGGCCUCGUUCUUCAGACUGUUGCCCAAUGCCCUCCACUCAUGUGCACAAUGCAUGCACUGGGAGUCCCUGGUCCUUACUCAAGCGCACCAGCAUCUCGCGAAUAA